AGCGCACAUUGAGUCGAGUUUCAUGCUAUAACCUCCCAUUCUUAAACAUCUUAUAGUUAGUAGUUGUUGUUUUUGCUAUUGCUAGUGUAGUGCGUUAGUUAGUAGGGUUCAAGCUAUGAGACAGUGAAGAUAUUGUAUGAAUUAACAAUGCUGUGUGUGUUUUUGUAAAGCGUGUGUACAAUCGGCAUGACUGACAGUUGGUGUUGAGAUUUACUUGAUAAUAUGGAUUCCAAAGCCUCUCAAUUAGUAACUUCAAAAAAUGAGCUGUGCUGAACAUUAUCAAGACGUUUUAAAAUAUUUAGAAGAAUCUCAGAAUGAAAUUGCGAAAGUAUUCGAGAUUCCAUGUAAAAAUGAGGAUUUUGAUAAAUUCGAGAAAAAGAAAGAAGAAGAGGAAGAAACGGUUAGAGAAGACAACGAAAUUAGGCUUUUAAUAAAAUUAAACGAAAAAAUAGAAUCGGAUGUGACGGAAUUGCUAGCUCGAAACGAAUUCCGACAGAACGAAAAAUACAACGAUAGCAUUAUUAACGAAAAUAUAGUAGUACCCUGUAACAAUAGCAUUAUUAACGAAAGUAUAGUAGUACCCUGUAGUCUUUCGAAUUCUUUUUAUAAAGCGCGAUGUGUUUUACCGUUAGGAAGAUAUCGUGGAUCAUCGAAAAAUCAACUGAUUGCAGAAAACCACCGCACCGUCCAUCACGACGUCAGUACCCAAACAUCACCAGAUUCACUCUCCCCCAGUCACACGAGUCUCACAUGGGCAUCAGAUUAUUCCUCCUCGCCGUGUUUUACCUCAGCAUCUGAAUCCGACAGCGACUGUUUUGAAGAAAUCAAUAGUCUUUCUCCAUCCCCGUCUCAAUUACCAACCUUCGUGAAAAACAUCGAAAGGAAAACAAUAUUGGGAUCGAAAUUUUCCUCUACGCCGGUGUUGAAAACUAAAUAUGAUAAGGUGAACAAGCAGUGCCGUUCACAGUCCGACCGACACCUGGCUGAAAUUGAGGCAGCAGAGGCCUGUAAGUGGUUACGUGCAACAGGAUUUCCGCAAUAUGCCCAGUUCUACGAGGACAAUCAGUUUCCGAUUGACAUAUCUACUGUUUCUCAGGACCAUCCUCUAUUGGAGGAAGAUGUUCUACUUUCCCUUUUUAGAAGAUUACAAAUCUUAAACAGUUGCGCUCAUCUACACCAACAGAAACUGGUAAACACAGAUGAUGAUUCCGAAGAAGAUGAGGGCUGCGCCUUGUCAGAGAACUGGACCUAUCAAAUUGGUACCAAGCGAUGGUCUAGAACUAGUUACCAACCAGCUCCACAAUAUUCUAGUGAUAACGUUCCAAAGCAACCGCCCGUAACAAAUAAAGAGGCUUCAAAUAGAGAUGUAGUAGUUCCAAGACAACCAAGAGCAGGCACAAAAGAAUCUCCUGCAAAGAGAGCAAGCAUCAAACAACGCCAGAACCAUCAAACAGGAUUCCUGGUAUCUCAAAGGACCUUGGUGGAUACACGCACCUCACUGAAACCACUAAAAGAUUCAGUAAAAGAACCAUCCAGGCAUAAUUCCGAUUCGGAAGCUACGCCUAAGACAUCGAGGCGUCCCAGGACUUUGUCUCUGGACAAGACAGAUACCUGGUCUAUAUCUAGCAUUAAAAUCAAUCGAAUACCACCCAGAGUACCAUGGCUGGAAGGACCUGACCAUGAACUGGAGGUACCUGAAAAAGACGUCGAAUUUGAAGUCAAAGGGCCAAACAUAUUCCAAUUAUGUGCUUCUCAACUACAAGUCUUGAGAAAGUUAGCUUUGUUGAAGUUGACUUCUCAUGUGGAAAAAUACUGUCCUGCUCACCGAACAGGAUGGAACUGGGAUCUGCGCAAGUUUCUCAAAAAGAAUAAGUUACCGGACUAUAAAGAUAAAAACAUUUUUGGAGUACCAUUGGCUAUAACCUUUCGAAGAUCUGGAAAAUUUUUACCUGCUCAAAUAGAAGAAGCCAUGCUGUGGCUUGAAGAAAACGCCUCGGACCAGGUAGGAAUAUUUAGAAAAUCGGGUGGCAAGUCCCGGAUCCAAAAGUUAAAGAACAAAAUAGAAGCAAAUCAAAGAGUUGACUACAGUGAUCAACAGUGUUAUGAUGUUGCCGACAUGUUGAAGCUGUACUUCAGAGAGUUACCGGAAAUCCUGCUAACGGGUAAAUUAUCCGAAACCUUCAUUUUAAUAUUUCAGUAUAUCCCAACAUACUUGCGCAUGGAAUCGGUUAUCUGUGCGCUUCUGUUGUUACCCGAGGAACACUCUCAAGUAUUACAGGCUGUGUUAAACUUCUUAUUGAAUAUAGCGAGCAAAUCAGAGCAAAACCAAAUGAAUGAGUACAAUUUGGCACUGUGCUGGGCGCCUACAUUGUUCGAUUUUUCGUCGAUUGCCAAACAAUACCAACAACCAGCGGCAGGGGCACCUCAUCCAAAAGAAUUGGCAGAAAAUAAAGCAGCACAGGAAUGUUUGAUGUUCUGUCUUCAACAUUUCCAUAAAUUAUUUAAGAUUCCCUAUUAUUUUAUCAACCAGUGCAACUCGAGUGAGAUGAAAGAGAUAAAACCAAAAUUAUUUACAGACAUAGGAGACGAUAAGGGAGGCUGGAGAGAAUAUUUGAGAGAAUGCCAUAGUAACUUAAUAAAAGAAUCAAAAGAAAAAUCUCGGGGUUGGAAAGAAAUACCCUCUCUAUGUCAAAAUUCAAAAAUUUCUAUUUUCUACAAGAAAGUGUCAGAUGGGUUGCCCUUGAGAUUCUGGAAAGUUUCAGCAGAAUUGGACGCACCUCCUUCAGAAGUUACGCUUAGAAUCCUUAGAGAACGACACAUUUGGGAUCCCGAUCUAAUCUCGGCGAAAAUUAUAGCACAGUUAGACAACCAGACUGAAAUAUUUCAAUACGUAAGGAAGAGUGUCAUACCCAUACCGAACGAAGAAUACUGUUUGAUUCGAACAUGGAGGUCAGAUCUGCCCAGAGAUUCUUGUACUAUAGUAGAAACUUCCGUCGAAUAUCCCGGAACAGUGAAAAUACCAAAUACAUUUCGCAGCAUUGUAUUGGCUUCUAGGUAUAUUAUUGAACCAUGUGGGUCUGGAAAAUCCAGAAUUAUUCACUUUUCCAGAGUAGACAUCAUGGGAAGAAGUCCAGACUGGUACCACAAAAAUUACGGAUAUCUAUGUGGAUUCUUCAUAGGGAAUUUACAAACCUCUUUUUACCAAAAUACAAACGGUCCAGAGAGCCAAGUAUGAAUACCAAAGAUUGUUAAAUAAUUUAUUAUUUUUACAUAAUAAUCAUCACAUGACAAAAUUUCAAUUUAUAUUUUUAUAACAAAAUUUAUAAUAGUUUGAAGUAAACUAUAUACAUUAUAUAUUUUUAUAGAUGAUAAAUAAAUAUCUACUUAUUGUUA